AUGCGUGAGGCUGUUGCUAGAGCGGCUGCCGUAGCCCCGCCUUUUCGACUUCCAGACUCGGUCAGGCCUCUCCAUUAUACCAUUGAGGUUGAGCCGGAUGUGGCCAAGAACGAAAUCCAUGGGAAAGCGGUCAUACAAGUUGCCAUCUGGAAGGCUACUAGGCAUAUUGUCCUACAUGCUCUUCGCCUCCAAGUAACCCAUGCUGCAGUCAAUCCCGCGGAAGGCGCAGCUGCGGUCAUAGCCAUACAUAACCAGCCUGAAAAUGAAACUAUUUACCUUGAGCUAGAUACGACACUCCCCACGAAUUCUCUGGCUACCGUUACGAUGAAAUAUGUCGGAGAAAUGUCACCGCCAGGAUCAAUGAGCGGUCUAUGCCCGACGCCCUAUCAGGGGCCUGGCGGUGCAGUCAAGUUUGGGUUUGAGACCAUGAUGGAACCAAUCUCAGCUCGGUCAGUGUUCCCAUGCUGGGAUGAGCCAGAAAUCAAAGCACAUUUCACAGUCUGUAUUGUGGCAGAUGUCGACCUCACCUGUCUCAGCAACAUGGAGCUUGAUUCUGAGAGACUAAUCAAGCGCACCCAAGGAGAACCGAAGAAGAGAGCAAUUUUCAAAGCCUCACCUCUGAUGUCGACAUACUUGGUGGUCAUGAUUGCUGGACACCUCAAUGUUCUACAGAGUAAUGACUUUCGCAUCCCCAUUCGGGUGUGGGCUCCGCUGGACAGAAAGAUCGAAAAUGGCGCCUAUGCGUUGGACAUUGCUGUAAAAGCCAUGAAGACACACGAGAGUAAUUAUGGGCUUGAGUAUCCGUUGGCGAAACUUGAUAUGGUUGCUAUUCCAGGGCAUACAGGUGGUAUGGAGCAUUGGGGUUGUGUGUCAUACGAAGAAAGAGGUCUGCUCCUAGAUGACAGUCCAUCAGAAGCCGACAAGAUGCGCCUUGCAUUUCUCGUUACCCAUGAGCUUGCACAUCAAUGGUUUGGCAAUAUCGUAACAAUGAGGUGGUGGGACUCCAUCUGGCUUAACGAAGCAUUUGCCGAUUGGGCAACGGUCAAUGCUCUCUCACAGAUGAUCCCCAAUUUUGACAGUCGGGCGAGCUUUUUGGCUAGUCCCGACGAUGGAGGCAGAGCUGGCUUUCAGGACGCGCUCGAGCUGGACUCUAGCAUGGGGAGUCAUGCUAUUCAAGACCCAAGACUUUCACCAGCUGCGGCGUUCGAUUCCAUCGCGUACUUGAAAGGCUGCAGUAUCCUCCGGAUGGUGGCUGAAGACCUUGGCGUUGAUAUCUUUCUGAAAGGCAUCCAACGCUAUUUACACAAGCACAUAUAUCUCACUGCAACCACGGAAGACUUAUGGAUUGCACUUAGCGAAAUCAGCGGUAAAGACGUCGCAGAACUAAUGGCAACCUGGACGCAGACCGUUGGAUAUCCGCUGCUGACAGUCAAUGAACUUCGCCCAGCUGGGAAAGUCGCAAUUAACCAGUCGAGGUUUCUACAAAAUGGUGAUACAGAUUUUGGAGUAGGGCCAUAUCCACUUACGGUCCAAAUCCGAGGUCCAAAUGGCAUUGAAAAACACACCAUGAGGGGACAGGAAAUGGUAGUACCGGUGAAUCUUUUCAGCUAUAAGCUCAACGCAAAUUUGGUCGGCUUCUACCGAGUUUCAUACCCGUUGUCACGCAUUCACAAGUUUGCGGUGCAGUUUGCUGGCAACACACUUUCCUCGGAGGACAAGGUUGGUAUCAUUUCGGAUCUAGGUGCACUCGUUUUGACUGGGUCUGCCGACCGAAGAUGCAGGGUUUCUCAUUUCUUGGACUUUCUUCUCACUGUUAAGGAUACCACAUCAAACUUAUACGUCUGGCGAGAGAUUCUGGGCCAGUUUCGGAGAGUAGAAGCUGCCUUUAUGUUUGAAAACAAGGAGAUCGUUGACACGCUCAAGUUAGUCAGAUCUAAAUUGUUGAACGACCUGGUCGAGAAGGGAUAUCUGGAUUUCAGCCCAGAUGAUACAACGGAAGAUAUCCUACUCAGAACGCUGCUAUUUGCAGAGCUCAGGAACCAUUACUUGGUGCAGGAGAGAUCCUGUGUGGCCUGGAAAAGAUUCAUUAACGGCGAACAGGAAGCGCUGAACCCAAACCUUAGAAAGGCAAUUUUCAAGACUGUGGUGGCCCUUGACAAUUCAAAGGAUACUUGGGAUAAACUAAAGUCAAUUGCCUUGGAGAGAUCGUACAUCAGGGCUGAGGAUCCAGUCACACCGCUAGAAGCCCUGUCUGCCCUCGGCAGUUCACCAGAUCCUGAGUUGAUCGCUCGCGCCCUGCAGCUCAUUACUCCAAGCUCGUCGACUUAUUUGGGCAUCUCGGACCUGGAAGAAUUGGUGCUGUCGAAGAAUCCCGUGCCAUUUGUCAUGAACUGGGCAUUACGUCAAAGCAUUCUGAAGUCUCUCUCGGAACACCCAGGCGGUGCUAUAGCAUCCUGGAAUUGGCUGAUGAACAACUGGAACAUCCUAGUCGACAAACGCAGGAAAGAUUCAGUAAAUGGUUUUGGUUUCAUCACUACGGUGUUGGGCGGGCUUGCCACAUCAGAGCACUUGGCGCAAGUAGAAAAUUUCUUCUCAGAUAGGGUAGACGAGUCGUUCGAUCUGGUUCUGGCACAAGCCAUUGACAAGAUUCGUGCCCGGUGCCGCUUCAUCGCGGCUGACCGUGCAAACCUUCUCAAGUUUGCGAGCUGA